AUGGCUGAGGCUCACAACGGACAGAUCCUCCUCAUCAUUUCCAUUGUGCUUGAUAGUUUGCUCAUUGCAACCUCCUCCAACGCAGUGGUGAAGCAAAUAUUCCUCGCCAGAUUCAGAUUCACUCCUAUCUCCACAACUGUUGCCGAUACCACUUUUUCCAGCAUCUCAGUGCUUGGGGUGAGAGUAGACUAUUUCAUCUCGAAGCUCGUGGUUCCCUUGAGAAACACCUACAUGACCCCUGUGGUUCAAAUCCUUUCCGUUGCCUUUGCAGCGAUUGGUUUCUUUCUCUUGUACAUUUCCAAGCCAUCCCGUCGUCCAAGCGUUUUCCUUACGUCUAUUGUCUGUUGUCUCGUGGCAUCCAUGGUUUCGUUAAUGGCUUCCUUGUAUCAAAUAACAAAUUUGAAGACUGCAGAGUACUAUAUCAACCUUCUAAUGGUCAGUAAUAUGUACUACAACGUAGAGAUGCGUCGUAGCAUUCCUACGUAUGCCAUGGCCUGGGUAUCAUCUACGUUUCUCUUGGCUGCGACUUUGACCAUGGCCCAUUUGGUUGUUAAAAAAUCAGGGCUAGGGAGAAAAGCUAUUCUUGCCAGUGAUACCGAUGACGAGCACAAUGAGGAGUUGAUGGCCUGA